AUGAAGGCUUUCACGCUCUCUGCGCUGAGCACUCUUUUCGCUGGCUUGACGCUGGCUCAUCCGGUCGACCUUGCCAAACGUGCCGGUCGAUUCUCCGAGGUCGAUAUCACCAUCCUGCAAUUUGCCUUGACCCUUGAGCAUCUCGAGAACACUUUCUAUCGGGAAGCCUUUGCUACUUUCCAGCUUCAAGACUUCCUCAAUGUUGGUUUCGACGAGGCUUUUUUCACCAAUCUUCAAUUCAUCGCCGCCGACGAGUCCGCCCAUGUUGACUUCCUCAUCGCAGCCAUUCAGUCUGCCGGUGUUGCCCCAGUUCAACCCUGCCAGUACAGCUUCCCAGUCACGGACGUUGCCAGCUUUGUCACCGUCAGCGCCAUUUUGGAAUCCAUCGGAACCAGCGCCUACCUCGGGGCUGCCCCGUUUGUCAGCUCGCGGGAAAUCCUCGCUGUUGCUGCGAGCAUCAUGGCCACAGAAGGGUUGCACACCAGCUUGCAACGCAGCUCCUUGGGUGCCAUAGGGGCGGCUAACCCAUUCCAAACCCCGCUCGAUCCCAACUCGGUCUUUACCCUUGCCUCGCAGUUCAUCGUGUCCUGCCCGCCCACCAACCCACCUCUGCCGUUUACUGCCUUCCCUGGCUUGAAGGUCAACGCGCAGCCUUGCUUCAACGAGGUCGGAAUUGCCAGUAACGGGGGCUUUUCCACCCAGUCGGUCGACUAUGCCACUAUCGUCUCCGCUAUCGAGGAUGCGACCGCCACCGACACCGCCACUGCUUCUGUUACCGAGGCCACUGAUAUCACCGCUGUCGAGACCGCCGCCAGCACUACAACCACCGAGACAUCUGUCGCCACCGAGGCAUCUGCCGCUGCGGAAGCUGCUCAGACGACCACCGCCACCGAAGCGUCUACGACCACUGUGGCUGCAGAGAUGACCACCACCACCGACCCAGCUGUUGCCUCCACGACUGCCGCCGCUGCUGAAAAGCGCAGCCACCUCGAGGCCCGCGCAUUCGUAUCCUCCUGUCAAGCUCCUGGCGCAGGCACCUCCAUGCAGUUGAUCCCCGACUUCUCUCAAUCUCGCGGUAUCGACUUCUCACGGAUCCAGGUCGUCUUCGUUACCAUUGUCUCUGGCCUCCAAGUCGUUUCCAUCCAGGCAGUGUUUGGGCCGGACGGGUCCAUCACCGUGACCCUCCCCGGCUCGAUUGGUGGUGGCCAGGUCUUCAUCUUCAUCACCACUGUGGACAUUUCCGGACGGAGUCUGAGCGCCAACGAAAUCUUGUUCGGACCCGCCGUGUUCGAGCUCGCUCCUUCAUUCCCCGGCCUUAGCCUGUAG